GCAAAUUGCAAUCAACGAUGUCGCCGGAAUACGACUUCAUAAGACCUUCAAUGCAGCCGUUGUUGAAGCCGGUGGAUAUGACCAACUUCCUUUUAUUGAAAAAGAUUGUAGGAACUACAUUCAAAAGGUAAGACAACUUAGGUUAGCGAGUGGUGAUGCCAUGGCAAUUCAAGAGUUCUUUGCUAAAAUGCAAGCUCAAUGCCCCGGAUUUUUCUUUGUCCUUGACUUAGAUGACGAAUCUCGAUUGCGUAAUGUGUUUUGGGCCGACAACCAAUGUAGAUAUGCGUACAAAGAGUUUGGAGAUGUCAUCACUUUUGACACGACCUACCUCACGAAUCGGUAUGACAUGCCUUUUGCACCUUUUGUGGGAGUUAAUCAUCACGGUCAAUCAAUUUUGCUUGGAUGCGGAUUAAUCUCUAAUGAAGAUACGCAAACAUUCGUAUGGCUCUUUAAAGCAUGGCUAGAGUGUAUGGAAGGACGUGCUCCAAUGGGCAUUAUUACGGACCAGGACCGUGCAAUGCAAAACGCCAUCCAAAUUGUUUUCCCAAAUACAAGACAUA